AAUGACGACAGCAGCGAGGCCAACAUUUGAACCUGCAAGAGGAGGAAGAGGAAAAGGUGAAGGAGACUUAAGUCAGCUAUCCAAACAAUAUUCCAGCAGAGACCUUCCUUCUCACACUAAAAUCAAAUACAGACAGGCCACUCAGGAUGCUCCUGAAGAGGUGCGCAACCGUGAUUUCAGAAGGGAGCUGGAGGAGAGAGAACGGGUCGCUGCAAGAGAAAAGAAUAGAGACAGACCAACCAGAGAACACACAACAUCAUCUUCUGUGUCUAAGAAACCUCGACUAGACCAGAUUCCUGCAGCAAACCUUGAUGCAGAUGAUCCGCUUACUGAUGAAGAUGAUGAAGAUGAGGACUUGGAAGACAGUGAUGAUGAUGACACUGCAGCUCUUCUGGCUGAGCUGGAAAAAAUCAAGAAAGAACGAGCUGAGGAACAGGCUCGAAAGGGUCUUAACAAGAUGAAGUGGGUAAAAUACAGUAAUAUAUCCCAAAUUUGUGCCAUAGCAAACAGCAAAGUGAAGAGGAGAUGGGAUGAUGAUGUUGUCUUCAAGAAUUGUGCCAAGGGGAUAGACGAAACAAAAAAGGACAAAAGAUUCGUGAAUGAUACUCUGCGAUCAGAAUUUCACAAGAAGUUUAUGGAAAAAUAUAUCAAGUAGUACAGUUUUAUGUGCGGUGGCGCUGAAGGACUUGGCAGGUCAUGGUUGUUCCCUCCCUCUCCCUCAGAAUUCAAGGCUGAAUACUCAGUUGUGAACUCCCAAACGCUUUUC